AUGGCACCCCAAUACGCACAUCUGCCCUCAGGCAACCCCCCACCCGCAUCCCAUUCCCCCCGCUCAUCAUCCUCCACAGAGUUCCAGGAUACCCUCGACCAGGAGCCCUUUGAUGAGGAAAAGGGGCAGCCAUUCAGAGACGAUCCCCUCAUAGAAGGCUCGGGGGAGGACUAUGAUGACGGGCAGGGUUUCGCCACAGAUGCGAGGAGGUUACGGCCAAGGAGAAAGUCGCGCAAAAUCUUGGCCGUGCUGAUCACCAUCAUCGUCUUUGCUGGUGCUAUCGGCGGCCUGGCAGCCGCUGGAUACUCUGCGCCCUCCUUCUCUGUCAAGGGCGGUAUCAAGCAGAUCACCAUGGAUCAUGUAUUCAACGGGACCUUUGCCGCCUAUAGCAAACAGGUGGACUGGGUCAAAGAGGCUGAAGACGGCACCUUCUCGCAUAUCAAUAAGGAAGGGAACAUUGUCCUCAACACUGUGAGGAACAUGACUGAAGACACCCUCCUUGUGGACUCUUCUCUUGUGCUCGACACUGAAGGCAACAAGCUUCACUGGCAAUCCUGGGCACUGUCCGCCGACAUGGAAUAUGUUCUCUUCCAGACGGACCAUGUCAAGCAAUGGCGUCACUCGUCGUUUGGAAACUACUGGGUCCAUCGACGCAGUGACUCUGUCACGUUCCCCGUUGCCGCCCCCACGAAAAAGCCCACCAUCUCGCACUGCACUUGGUCGCCUGUCGGUCAUGCGCUCGUCUUUGUCAGUAAGAAUGACGUCUAUCUCAUCACUGAAAGCGAAAUGGCGUCUUCUGCCCCUGAAUCCAUCCGCAUAACCGACGAUGGCAGUCAUACCGUCUUUAACGGUGUCCCAGAUUGGGUUUACGAAGAAGAGGUGUUUGAAUCGGAUACCGCUCUUUGGUGGAGUCCGGACGCAAAGAGCAUCGCAUUCUUGAGAAGUGAUGAGAGCAAAGUCAAGGACUACAAGCUCCAGUAUUACAACCCCUCUAAUAACGCCUUCGAAGUGCAUCAAUACCAGACAGAGCUGGAUAUGAAGUACCCCAAGCCGGGCACUCCCAAUCCCACAGUGUCUGUUUACACAUAUACACUCUCAACACGCUCCAAGCAGCACCUCUCCUGGGCCGGCGAGAUGCCUCUGGAUGACCGUAUCCUCGUCGAGAUUGGUUGGGUUGCAGACAACGCCUUGAUGGUCAAGGAAAUCGACAGGUCGGCGAGACAGGGAAAUGUCAUAGUGUUUGAGGACGGAGAGACCAAGGGAACCAUCGUGCGACUUCUAGGCAAGGACGGAGAAGAAGGAGACGAUGGAUGGAUUGAUCAUGGACAAAAUGUGGUGCCAGUCAAGGGCUCAUUGCCGGGAUAUCUUGAUAUCGUACCCAAUCAGGGAUACAACCACAUCGCUUUCUUUGCUCCUGUGAACGCUAGUGAACCGAUCUGGAUCACUUCGGGUGAAUGGGAGGUCACCCAGAUCUCCGGCGUCAAUUUAGAGAAGGGUCUAAUUUAUUUCACCGCGGCGACUCCAUCCAUUGACAGGCACCUGUACUCUGCCCCUCUCCCCAUGUCUGCCGCAGGCGAAUACCAGGAGAUGUUGACAGCUUUGACCGAUACCAAGUCUUCGGGAUAUUUCGAGGCGACCUUUUCUCCACAAGCCGGGUAUUAUGUGCUUGGGUACAGGGGACCAGAGGUGCCUUGGCAGCGGCUGAUAGAGGCUGGAUCUGGGGAAGAGAACGCGAAUGUUUUGCUCGAGGGCAACGCCGAGCUCAACAAGACCAUCUCUGAAUACCUCAAGCCUAUUGUGACUAGGACGACCAUCAACAGUGAUGGCUACGAACUCAACAUGCUCGAAAUCCUUCCACCCAACCUCGACAUCACCGGCAGGCGCAAGUAUCCUGUUCUCGUUCGUGUAUACGGCGGCCCAGGAUCGCAAAUGGUCUCAAAUCGUUUCGAACGUGACUGGCAUUCCUAUCUUGCAGCCUCCCAGCGAUACAUCAUUGUCAUGAUCGAUGGCAGAGGGACGGGAAACAAAGGUCGGGCGUUGAGAAACCCAGUGAGGGAUAAUUUGGGAAACUAUGAGGUGGCGGAUCAGACUGCUGCAGCAAAGGAAAUGCUCAAGCGGCCGUACGUAGACAGGUCAAGGAUUGGUAUCUGGGGCUGGAGCUAUGGAGGCUAUAUGACUUGCAAGACUCUCGAAGCAGAGACCGGUGUCUUCACCCUGGGUAUGGCUGUAGCUCCAGUGACUUCAUGGCUCUACUAUGACUCCAUUUACACCGAGCGAUAUAUGUCCACUCCCGCGCUCAACGAGGAAGGCUACGUCUCCUCCGCCGUCAACAACGUCACGGCCUUUUCCGGUGAUAAGGUUGACUUUAUUUGGGCGCAUGGAAGUGGCGAUGACAAUGUUCACUACGCAAACAGCGCAUCCCUGCUGGACAAGUUGACGCAGGAGCAAGUUAGAGGGUGGCGGUUCAGGAUGUUUACAGACUCUAACCACUCUAUGGAUAAGCGCAAUGCCUACAGGGAGGUGUAUGAGUGGAUGAACGAUUUCCUGAGUGAGAAAUGGGGUAAAGGCGGGACAAUACAUCAUUGA